AUGGUUGACUGUUUUCAAAAAAUCAUCAAAACUGAAGGAUUCGGUCGGCUUUACCGGGGCUUAGUGCCACCCUUAAUGCUGGAAGCGCCCAAACGAGCCGUUAAAUUUGCUGCAAAUGACUUUUGGGCUACAACUUACAAGGGAUUAACAGGUUCAGAUAAAUUGACGCAAAACCUAUCGUUAUUGACUGGGAUGAGCGCUGGCGCAACAGAAUCAAUCGUCGUGGUUCCUUUCGAAUUAGUCAAGAUUAGGCUUCAGGAUAGAAAUUCAAGUUACAAGGGUCCAUUAGAUGUGGUCAUGAAAACUGUGAAAGCUCAAGGAAUUUUUGGGCUGUACGGAGGCUUGGAAUCUACCUUCUGGCGUCAUGUGUUUGUAUUCUUCUUGUCGAGUUUCCGAAUUUUGCUUGAUUUUUGGUGGAAUGGUGGUUACUUUGCUUCCAUAUUCAAAAUCAGAGCGAUGAUGCCUAAAGCCGACUCUAAGACUCGAGAAGUGGUAAACAACUUUAUAUCCGGAUCGAUUGGAGGUUGCUUGGGAACUAUGGUCAAUACCCCUUUCGAUGUCGUCAAAUCUAGGAUUCAAAAUGCAGUAGUGUUGCCCGGUGAAAAACCCAAAUACGGCUGGACGUAUCCGGCUAUAGUUACGAUUGCAAAAGAGGAAGGUGCUGCGGCACUCUACAAGGGUUUCAUUCCAAAGGUCUUGAGGUUAGCUCCGGGAGGUGGUGUGCUGCUAGUAGUCGUAGAAGUUGUGACAGGCUACUUCAGGAAACAACUUGGCUCCCCUUACUCAAUUUGA